UGUGGAGGGCGGAAGAUAGCAUAAGCGUCAAGUUUCAAUAAUUUUCACGCGUCCCUUACUCAGUUGUUGAUUCAUGUAGCGGAGGUGAAUUUUUAUUGAGGUAUUUUAAUGUUUAUUAUUAUUGUUUGUGAAGAUUAAACAAUGGCGAAGGCAAAAAUCACAGCAGAAUGGCGAAAACGCGUGAAAUCCGAAUACAUGAGGCUAAGGCAAAUAAAACGUUAUAAGCGCGCAGACGAAGUAAAGAUUGCAUGGAAUCAGAAUCGUAAGGUUAUGUCAGAUCUUUUAGAAGCUGAGCAUAAGAAAUGGGCUACCGAUAACAAAGUCAUGUGGUUAGCAAUGCAAGAUAUUCCAGCCCAUGCAUCCUGUAUGAAAAAGGCUGAAGUAACAAGUUCUGAUGGAGAUGUUCAAACGUGUCCUGUAAAGAUAAUCAGUGCAGUAUCUCCAAUUCCAACAAUGUAUACAUGGGCACCCAUUCAACAGAACUUUAUGGUAGAGGAUGAGACUGUUCUCCACAAUAUUCCAUACAUGGGUGAUGAGAUUCUUGAUCAAGAUGGCACGUUUAUUGAAGAAUUGAUCAAGAACUAUGAUGGCAAAGUGCAUGGUGAUAGAGAAUCUGGUUUUAUGGAUGAUACCUUAUUUGUUGAUCUUGUACAUGCCUUGGCUGCAUAUGAGAAAGAAGACAAGGAGAAAGAGACUCCAAAGAAAGGGAGAGAUUUGAAAGACAAAGAUAAAGAUAAGGAUAAAAAUAAAGAUAAAGAUGAGGAUGAGGAUAAAAAGACUGAUAAUAAAGGAGAAGAAGAUGGAACUCCAUUUCCUUCUAUGCAAAUUUUCAAUGCAAUAUCAAAUAUGUUUCCUGAUAAAGGAAGGCCAGAAGAAUUGAAAGAGAAGUACAUUGAACUUACAGAGAGAUCAGAUCCCAAUGCUCUGCCACCUGAAUGUACACCAAACAUUGAUGGACCUAAUGCAAAAAGCGUUCCUAGAGAGCAAACUAUGCAUUCAUUCCACACAUUAUUUUGCAGAAGAUGUUUCAAAUAUGACUGUUUUCUUCAUCACAGCAGGGGAGCUUUUCCUCAAGGUUUACAAGUUUGUCAUCCAGGACCAAAUCUACAGAAGCGCAAAGGUCCAGAUCUCAAACCUUUUGCAGAGCCUUGUGGUACUGAGUGCUACAUGCAUUUGGAAGGUAUAAAAGAAAAACUUGCAGCGCAAGCAGCUGACAAAGAGGAUGACGAAGAAAAACGAGGCGGGCCGAGAAAAGUACGUAAACAAACAAGUGUUGAUUCAGGUAACGAGGCGAGUAGCGAGGAUAGCAACGAUAGUAAUAAAUACAGUCAAGGUGGUAGUUGCCAAGACUUCAAACAAAACGUGAACAAAGAUUCAAAGCCUGACGAAGAUUCGCUGCAAGAACAGCUACAACGGGAUCAUCAAACACCGUUUUCAUUACUGGGAACGAAAAUUAAGACUGAAAGUGAACCGUCAUGGACAGGUUCGGAGCAAAGUCUGUUUCGUGCACUACACAAAGUUUUUCCAGGCAACCCGUGUGCUCUGGCACAGAUAAUGUUGACCAAAAGCUGUAAAGAAGUGUAUGAGUUUGCACAAAAAGAAGCCAGUGACAUACCAGCCGUGGAAAGUCUUAAAGACUUCACACCGCCGAGGAAAAAGAAGAAGAAGCAUCGUCUUUGGUCCAUGCAUUGUCGUAAGAUUCAGCUCAAGAAAGACUCCGGUGCGAACCACGUACACAACUUCGCACCAUGCGAUCAUCCAAAUAGACCAUGCGAUAACUCCUGCCCAUGUAUUCAAGCACAAAAUUUCUGCGAGAAGUUUUGCCAAUGUAGUACUGAAUGUCAAAAUAGAUUCCCCGGUUGUCGAUGCAAAGCACAAUGCAACACAAAACAAUGUCCUUGUUAUCUUGCUGUACGCGAAUGCGAUCCUGAUCUGUGCCAGACUUGUGGGGCUGAUCAGUUCCACAUACAAAAGAUAUCCUGUAAAAAUGUUAGCGUUCAGCGUGGGUUACAUAAACAUUUGCUCAUGGCACCGUCGGACGUUGCUGGUUGGGGUAUUUUCUUGAAAGAAUCAGCUGUUAAGAACGAAUUUAUUUCCGAGUAUUGCGGAGAGAUCAUUAGCCAAGACGAGGCUGAUAGGAGAGGAAAAGUAUAUGACAAAUACAUGUGCAGUUUUCUAUUCAAUCUUAAUAAUGACUUUGUUGUUGACGCUACUAGAAAAGGAAACAAGAUUAGAUUCGCUAAUCACUCGAUAAAUCCAAAUUGUUAUGCCAAAGUUAUGAUGGUUAAUGGCGAUCACAGAAUUGGGAUUUUCGCUAAGCGACCUAUUCAGCCGGGAGAGGAACUAUUUUUCGAUUAUCGCUAUGGACCGACCGAACAAUUAAAGUUCGUUGGUAUCGAACGCGAGAUGGAAUUUUUGUAAUAAAAUUGAAGCAACGUGGAUUAAUGUUGGCUAUUUAGUUCAAGAAAGAAAUCAUGUUCAUCUCCUUCGCCCUGACUUCAUCAUCUAUGAUUAUACCUCAUCACUACAGAAGUAUUUUGCGUACUUUCGAUUCGUCAUAAGCGUUGUAUCUAUUUGUAACAAGUUAAUAAAAUAACGUUAUUUCGUAUUAAUUA